AUGGAUCCUCCAGGUCGUGCCUCGACCAGCGUUCCCGUUCCUCCCAUCCCGAACGGUGCCUGGGUCGACCCAUACGCCCGCACUGAGAGCAUGACACACCGUGGGCGAUAUAGUUACGCCAGCAGUGCGAUCAGCACCAUCAACAGCCCAAGGAGGGUCCGUAGACGCAAGGACCCCACCCCUUUCAAUAUUCUCAUCAUUGGCACCCGGAACGCAGGCAAGACUUCGUUCCUCGAGUUCCUCAAGAGCGCCCUCGCCCUGCCGCCGAAGAAGCGAUCCAAGAGCACCAUCGACCCAGAGGAGUUCACCCCAAGGUCGCCACCAUCCGGCAACUUCAUUCCCCACUAUCUAGAGACAGAAAUUGAUGGCGAGCGUGUGGGACUGACACUAUGGGACUCGGAAGGUUUGGAGAAGAAUGUUGUCGACCUGCAGCUCCGAGAGAUGUCGACAUUCCUGGAGAGCAAGUUUGAGGAGACAUUCACAGAGGAGAUGAAGGUCGUAAGAUCACCUGGUGUACAGGAUACCCACAUUCAUGCUGCCUUCCUAGUCCUCGAUCCUGCACGUCUUGAUCGCAACAUCUCCGCAGCGAAGGCACUGUCUUCCAACGGCCAGAAUGGGAAAUACCACCCGCAGUCUCGUGUCAUUGGCAGUCUUGAUGAAGAUCUCGAUCUUCAGGUCCUACGUACUUUGCAGGGCAAGACUACUGUGAUCCCCGUGAUUGCAAAAGCCGACACUAUCACGACUAAGCACAUGAAUGUGCUCAAGAAGGCAGUCUGGGACAGCCUCAAGAAGGCUAACCUUGAUCCUCUUGAUGUUCUUGGCCUGGACGAUGAUGCCUCGGAAGCCACUCCUGAUUCUAGCAGAAUUGAAGAGGAGGACGAGGAUGAGCUCGUACGCAGCGAUGCCGAGACUCCGGAAGAGGAUGAACUCCCCAUCCAGGGUUCGCAGUCACCCGCCUCAAAGAGUUCCAAGAGACUUUCUGGCCAAUCUGUUCGUCGCAGCAGAGGGCAAGACGAGCUCAAAGAGGAUGAGGCCCCAUUUAUCCCCAUGUCAAUCAUCAGCCCCGAUAUCUACGAGCCCGGCAUUGUUGGCCGUCAGUUCCCGUGGGGUUUCGCGGACCCUUACAAUGAUGAGCACUGCGAUUUCCUGAGGCUCAAGGAUGCAGUCUUCAGCGAGUGGCGUGCCGAGCUUCGUGAGGCAAGCAGGGAGCAAUGGUACGAGGGCUGGAGAACCAGCCGUCUCAAGCAGCGAGAUGGCCCAAGCCGAAGACGAUGA